CCCUUUUUCCCGUAGAGGUCCUGAAGAGGGGGCGGUGCAUAACAAAAAGUAAUGGCCAUCUAUUUGGGUCCUGAAGAAGGAGGUAUUUCACAUCGGACUACCGUAGGUGUGAUUGAGUUUUCUUCAUGUUAGUGCGUACGUUUGCCCAUCAGUGAAACACGGUUGCGUCUCGACCAUCUUUUCGUUGGAUGUUCGUUGGUCGCGCUCGCAGAACGGUUAAUAAGCUGGCUGAACUUGGUGCCUCGUUUUAGGGUUAAAGCAGCCAGCUAGCCAUGCUAACGCUAGCUACUACCAGCGCUGCUGUGUGAGCCAACGUCUGGAAGGGCGUACGAGUUUGACGUUUUCUCCCCAAGUCGCCUCACAUUUCUGAGUUUAGUACAACGCGGACUCUCUCUCCUCACAGCAACCCACCAGUGAGCAGGACGGGGACACACUUUGCAAGAGCAUGAACACGACGGCGAACGGUCACUAAAGAGGAUUAAAAGCAACUCGGGUCUUCAUGGGGAAAAGUUGAGCUGAGGAUUAACUACUUGGGAUAAACCGAGGAAAGGUUUCGAGUCUUACCUAUUGUACAAGGGAAUGCUAAAACCUCAGUGAUGGAAACCACAGUUGUGAGUACGUCCACUCUGGCUCCGGAUGAGUUUGAUAGGAACGUGCCGCGGAUCUGCGGUGUGUGUGGCGACAAAGCCACCGGCUUCCACUUCAACGCCAUGACCUGUGAGGGCUGCAAAGGUUUUUUCAGGCGCAGUAUGAAGCGCAAGGCCGCGUUCACGUGUCCCUUUAGCGGCAGUUGCACCAUCACCAAGGACAACAGGCGCCACUGCCAGUCAUGCCGGCUCAAGCGCUGUGUGGACAUUGGCAUGAUGAAAGAGUUCAUUCUGACAGAUGAGGAAGUGCAGAGGAAGAAGGACCUGAUUCAACGGAGGAAGGAUGAGGAAGCGCAGCGCGAAGCGGAGAAGAGGCGCGGCGGCCCCCGCCUUAGUGAUGAACAGAGUCAGGUCAUCGCCGCACUGGUGGAGGCGCACCACAAAACAUAUGACGACUCCUACUCUGACUUCUGCCGCUUCAGGCCUCCUGUGCGUGAGGGCCCAGUGACGCGUAGCGCCAGUAGAGCUGCCUCUCUCCACUCUCUGUCUGAUGCCUCAUCUGACUCCUUCAGUCACUCCCCAGAGUCGGUAGACACCAAAAUGAACUUCAACAACCUGCUGAUGAUGUACCACGAGCAGGGCAGCAGCCCCGACUCCAGCGAGGAGGAGGGCUCCAGCUUCUCCAUGCUGCCCCACCUGGCUGACCUGGUCUCCUAUAGCAUCCAGAAGGUCAUUGGCUUCGCCAAGAUGAUCCCUGGGUUCAGGGAGCUGACUGCAGAGGACCAGAUUGCCUUGCUCAAGUCCAGCGCCAUUGAGGUGAUCAUGCUGCGCUCUAAUCAGAGCUUCAACCUGGAAGACAUGUCCUGGAGCUGUGGUGGGCCUGACUUUAAAUACCAGAUCAGCGAUGUCACCAAAGCGGGACACACUCUGGAGCUGCUGGAGCCGCUGGUGAAGUUCCAGGUGGGCUUGAAGAAGCUCAACCUGCAGGAGGAGGAACACGUGAUGCUGAUGGCCAUCUGCUUGCUUUCUCCAGACCGCCCAGGUGUACAAGAUCACGCACGGAUCGAGGCGCUCCAAGACCAUCUGUCCGAGAUCCUGCAGGCCUACAUCCAGCUUCACCACCCAGGAGGACGGCUGCUUUACGCCAAGAUGAUCCAGAAGCUGGCUGACCUGCGCAGCCUCAACGAAGAGCACUCCAAGCAGUACCGCUCUCUCUCCUUCCAGCCGGAGCACAGCAUGCAGCUCACCCCGCUGGUGUUGGAGGUGUUUGGCAGCGAAGUUUCCUAGAACCUCUGAACCUCAAUGGUGGAUAGGAAGCUGGAGACGAGACCCCCUAGUCGUAUAAAUGGAGGGAGGGAGCCGAGGAUGUGCUGGAUCGACUUCAUGGAGUGAGCUCGGGGGCGGAGAGCUUGGGAAGCUGCUUCAGACCUCCUCAGAUAUCACACCCCUUUCGUUUCUGACAGGGAAGUGGAUUUUCUAGAAUGUCAGAGGGCCUGGCUGCGGCCCUCCUGUUUGAUGAUGUAUGCUGCGCAGCCCUCUAGUGGCUGCAUUCUGUAAAUACCAGGUAUAUAUAUAUAUAUAUAAUAUGUCCGCCGCUGUACAUAGGGCUACAUCAAGGCAAAUUUUUUUCAGAAAUAUAUAUGCAAAUACAAUAUUGACCCUUUUUUUGUUUUUGAUUCACUGUCACUACGUUCUGAGACACUAUGCUCUUUUGUUUUGACUUUGAUCAUGUUUUAUUUGGUAAGAAUGAGUUAGAAAUGGCUUAAACAGGGAUUGCUUGUGUAUUUGACUCAGUCAAAUUAUUAUUUUUUUAGUGGUGGGUUGAUGUAUUUGCCUAAUUUCCAAGGUUUAUUUUCAGAAAGCUAAACACACCGUGCUGCUGUCUAAUAUAAGCCAUAUAGAUCACUAAUACACCUGAGACAUUACAGUGCAUCGAAAUGAUGACUCCAGAGCCUUGGAUAUCCUCAUUAUAUAAUCUUCUAAACUCAUAUGCUAUUUAUCCAUGGCUCUUGGAAGAUAAGCUUGUAUAUGGUAGGAACUCAUAUGCCUUCUCUCUGCUGUCAAAGUGCCGUCAGUCAUCUUUGGCUUAUGCUUCAUCAGACAGCAUUUAAUGGCUUAUAAACCAAACUGCCAAGAGAAUUUAAACACUUAGGUUUAGAGGCCAGUAAUGUAUGGCUUGCUGCAUGUGGGAUUAUGGUGAAAUUAUAUAAAAUGAGAUGUUUCUUCUUCUUUUUUUAAUCAAGACAAUUCCCCAAAGAAGUGUUAAGUCAAAUUCUUGCUACGUUCGGAAGAUUUCACUAAAGCAUCUCGGUUUAAAAGAAGUCAUUUGCAGAGAUGACGUGAGUCUCAAACUUUUUACAUUUUUUUUGUCUUCUAUUUGCUGUGUGACAGAAGACAUCAGUUAAAACGGUUCCUGUGAUUGGCCAUGCGGGCCUCCCUGUGUCGGAGCGGGAACAGACCGGGGUUACUCUGUGAUCUCAGAGGAAGAUGGUGGGAGAGAGCAUGUGUUUGUCGUUGAGCUGGACGUGUUCUCACAGCUUUGCUUCGUGAGAAAUUGUCACUGACUUUAAUUAGUUCGGCCCACAUGGUUUUUAACCUUCUAUAGGAUUUUGAGUAAAUUCUCCGCUACUGUGGCUUUUUAUUCCAACUCUUCAUCAGUCACUGGGACACUCUGAACGCUGACAGUCGGGGAUGGACACGGAGAUGAUCUGCAUAGCAGACUUAGUUGAAUAGUUUUUGGAUGUUUGCAAAUUCACGUAAUCAUAAUGAGUUUGGUGAGUUUCUUCAUGAAAACCAUUGGGAUUAUGUGCUGUAAGUUUGUAUGCAUGUAUGCAUGUAAACAUACAUUAAUUGAACUUUAAGGAGUUGAGGAUUGAGUGUCUUAGGCAGUACCACUCAUAUGUAUAGUAUGUCAGUUUGAUGAGGGGCAUGAUGUGCUUGGUUACUGAACACUGACUUUUGAAGUUUUUGAAAAGUCCAUGUUUAUUUUCUCCAAAUACAUACUUCGGUAUGUAGAUAUGGGUUUAGUUCUAUAUUGUUUUUUGAGAUAGAGAUGCGGUGUUGAUUUGUAUAUGUUUAACACAGCGGGAGGUUUGGUGAACAUUGUAAGUGCCACGGGGAGAGUUCCCUCAUCACAAGAACAGGGUAAAGGAGGAGUUGCUCUUGGGGCUUUGAAAAGCGAACAGGAAGAGUCUUGUGGAUGCAUCAUAGAGCCGCUAAUUGACAAAGUGGAUUCCGUUCAGUACCGCGUGGCGCUAGGGGAUUUCUUACUUUAGGCUUCAUCAUACGAAGGGAACUUAAAUAUGUGAUUUAAUGUAGUUUUUGGGAGCCUUUUCUCCACUCAACAUAUUGUACAUAACAUGCACAUACAGUAAAAUCUAAAUAUGGUGCAUCCCCAGAGUUUUCCUGAUUGGCUUUACUAUGGUAGGCUGCAUUGCAGUUGUUGAAAAUACUGGAAUUUAGAAAUCUACCACAAAAUAGAUGGGUCCAUCUUUGGUGAGAUUCCCUCAAAAUUGGCAACAUAACACAGUAACAACACCUGCAAUAUACAACUCAUGGUACACUAUCACCAGCAAGCUUUACAGUUUAUCAUGUUAGUAGACAUUUUAGAAGUUUUUUGUAUAACUGUUGCCAUUACAAAUCCUGUCUGUAAAAACAUGUAUGAUAUCAUUCAUAGAUUCAGUUGGCCAUCUCCCACGCAAAGGUUUUCAAGUCUUUUUCCUUCCCCCCCCCCCCCCCCCCCCCCCCCCCCCCCAUUAGGACAGGGAUUGUAAUGGAAUCAACUUAAUUUAGUUCUUACAAAAAGGAGUGUCCACAAUGGAUGUACACCAUAAUCUACCUAAAAAACCUACCUCUUUUAGCUCAGAUCUUUUGCUUCAGCAUUAAGCAUUUGCCUUUGUUUUUACUUUUGUAAUAUUUGUAUUCAUGUUGGUAUUUAUUGCUGUCUAAUGAGUCAUACUUCAAUGAUUACCUCAGAGAUAUCUCACAGAUUUUGGGAGAGUCCAGCUAAUGAAGUCAUUCAUAUUUUUUUUUUUUUUUUUUUUGUACAGUUUUUUCUUCUCAGACAUUGCCUUCUUUUUUUUACGCACAAAUUACCGGGAGUGUUUUUAAUAUAGUGCCUGCACUCUGACCAACGGGGCCCAGACUGGCUAGGGUGAGGCUGCAUUCACUCCAAAAAAGACAUCUUUGUCUUUAGAUAUCUUGGUCAUUUUCAGCAACAGUUGCAAUAACACUGGUUGCCAUGUUGCUGAUAUCUACCUUAUCGUUAUAGUUUUUAAGGGCAAGGUGAAGAGGAGAACUUUGUGGAGUGAAUGCAGCUGUCAAGAAGGAACAACCUGAAAGACUUUGUGUCAGUAGGAGAAGCGGGAGGUGUGUUUGCGCUCUACUUGGUACUGUUAGCAUGGACUUUGCUCUGUAGGACGCCAUCCUUCCCUUGUCAUUCUUAUUUGCCCCGUCAUUUCCCCCAUACCCUCUCCGUGUCUUCACCUCCUUCUGUCCUAAUUUCUGCUCCCUUCAUCAUUCCCUGCCGAUAUUUUUUCUAACAAGGGGAAUUAGGAAUUGAAAAUCCUCAGUAUCCAUGCAAUGCUGCUUUUAUCUCGAGCAUCACCAAGUUGUGUGUUAUUGACGCCACACAAUGCAGUGUGGCGUCCCCCCCCCCCCCCAGCGGCGCAACAAGCCUCAUUGAAAAAUUGUGUCUUUUGAAACACAACUUAGCGAAUACUUAUUGGGGAAAAACAACGUUUCUUUCAGACCGUAGUAUCAUAUUAACGGAGCAACUACUCACUUUGGUGAAUUUAAACCAAGUUUAUUUUGUAUUCAUGUCAAACUGCUUCAGGUAAACACUGAAUGAAAUAAGAGAAUUUUUAUUGAUCAGUGUAUACUGAGGAACAAUGUCGCCAUGGUCACAUCUACCCUGAGCCGUGUGCCAUAUUAUGUCCCUGGUAAUGCAGGGAAGGGUGUUAAUGAAGCUGGCUUCACAUGUUCCCCAGCAUAAUCCGAAUGAGAAGGUUGCCUGAGUGUGAGAUUGGCCUCUUACUUAGUACUUAGUCAGCCAUGUGUAUUGAUCUUCUAGGAGUCAAAUUUGAAUUUGGCAUUGAAAUCUCACCCUGUAUUGUGAACCCAAAUCAUGCCACAUUCAAGUAAAAUGCCUGAACCAACAAAAGCACUUAAUGUAAUGUUUGUAACACAUGCAUACUUAUGAAUCUAUUAGCCAUAAACUGCCUGUGUAGGUCAGCAUGAUAUGGCUCCAAUUAUCAAAUGAAAGUUGUCACCGAAAUUCUAAUGUAAUUGCAAUUUAUCUUUUGCCUCUUUUUUUUUUCUUCAAAGAUCUUCUUUUUUCUAUUAUAAAUUGGUGUUUAUGUAAUGUUAUUUUUGUCAGAUGUUUUGCAAAUCAAAAAUAAACAGUUGUACAUAG